AUGUGGCGAGCAGUGUUUUUAUUCUUCGCAGUAACAGCGUCCGCUUCAGCUUACAAAACACCAGAUCUGAAAUUGCACGACUUCUAUAGCUACGAUGAAAUGAGAUGGUACCUAAGCACCCUUGAUAGCUCCUUCAGCAAUAUAGAGCUUCAGGAAUUGACAAAAACCCACGAAAAUCGAUCAGUUUAUAUAGUGAAAAUAUCUGCAAAACUCGACCAUUAUUGUCCUGGUCCAAAAAACGUGAUAUUACUGGAUGCGGCCAUCCAAGGAAACGAGUGGAUCACAACCACUGUGGCGCUGAAGACGAUUCAUGAAUUGGUGGUGAAUUAUGGACAAUAUAAAAAGUUAUUAGAGCGAUUUGACUGGUACAUCCUGCCUAUGGCUAAUCCGGAUGGUUACGAAUUCUCCCGAAACUCGAUUAGUCAUUACUGGAAAAAGAAUCGCUCUCCGAAUGGCAUUUACUUUGGAUCCAAUCUGAAUCGAAACUUUGACACCAAAUGGAAUAAGUUCAACAAAUGGCAUCCCAGUAGCCAAGAGUUUCAAGGGAGCAAGCCUUUUUCCGAACGCGAAUCAAAUUAUACUGGGCGUCUGAUGCAAUAUCUUAUUGCACAAAAACAGCACUUCCUCUACAUAACUCUGCAGACCAAAGGCAAUCCGUCUAUCCUAUAUCCAUCGCCCUACGAAUUGGCGCCCCCGGAAGACGUACAGAUGCUCAAGAUGAUAGCAGACUAUGCCAGUGGAAAUGUUUUUCUGAACACAAAGUUCCAUUUGAAACUCCCACCCAUUGAACAUGAAAGAUUUGGUGGUUCCAGCUUGGACUACGCCUACGAACAGGGAUUUCCUCUAACUUAUGGGCUCGAGGUCUUCGAGGUGAAUAAGUUUGAAGCACAUAUCAGAAACUUUAUUGCAGAUCGGGCCUAUGUGGGGUGGAUAGGAGUGUUUAGUCUUGCCGAAGGAGCCCUAAAAUAUAAAUGCAAUGUUCCUAGAGAAGAUAAAUGUAGGUGCUUUGAGGAGAGGGAUGAAGACGAAAGGGAUCCUGAUGAUGAUAGCAAAUCCGUAGUUUCACAAAAUGGAAAAUCUGGUUCAUCUUCGCUAAUCAAUGGCAAAUCUUCAAGUGCCGCAAAAUUGGAUGUCCAUGUUUGUGGUUUCAAGUUAUUGUGGCUGUAUUGCAUUAACUUAACAUUCAUUGGUAUAUUUAUACUUAAUACCUAA